CUCUCCAAGAGAGAAACAUACUCUGGUACUGCCACUUGGUUCUCUCCUGAAAACAACGGUGGUAACUACGGUGCUUGUUGGGGUGAAUGGAUCGACGACGAUUCUGCUAUUGUCGCUCUCAAUGCCAAUCAAUAUGGUAGCAUGAAUAAAAACUCUGACUGGUGUGGCACCAAGGUUCAAAUCUCAGGUCCUCAUGGUACUGCUACUGCCAAGGUGUUGGAUGCUUGCCCUGGCUGUGGAUGGGGAGAUCUUGAUCUUACUCCUAGCCUUUUCAAACGCGUCGUUGGUAAUCUUGACAAGGGUGUUGGAAAGAUUCACUGGAAGGUU